AUGCGCAUAGCCAUCAAGAGGAUUCUUCACUUGUCCCUCUCUUACCCGAAUCUGCACGUCCACUUACCGGCCAGGGAGGGUGGCCUUGGGACGUUGCAACUUGAAUGGACAGCGGCGGCUUGUCAGUUGAAGGCGCUCGCCCGGCUCGCAAGACUGGCUGACCCUUUCGUCGACGCCGUGCUUGGGGAGGCACUCCAAGACCAGGUCUGCAAGCUCUCAGCAGCGUUGGAUGUCCCGCAAGUAGUCCGCCUCGUACAGAAGUACGACCCUGCCAUCACCGUCCAGCGGGAGAAGGUCUAUACGGCAAUCGAUGGAACCCGACUCAAGCCCGACAUUGUCAUUGCCAAGGGUGACAAUGUCACUAUUCUCGACGUAGCGGUGGCGUGGGACCCUAACCCUGCGGCUUUUGAAGUCAUUAACACCGGGAAGGAGGCAAAGAUAGAACGGCACAACUACAUCGCCAAACAGAUAAUCCGUCUAGCCAAAAAGUAUGAUCCCUCCAUUGGCGUCGAUCAGGAGAGGGUCAUGACUGCCGUUGACGGCACUCGUUUAAAGCCGGAUAUCGUCAUAACGAAAGGAGAACAAGUCCUCAUCCUCGACGUUGCCGUCGCGUGGGACGCGUCCCCUGCCGCUCUGGAAGUCGUGAACCAGGGGAAGAAUGGUAUCAGUGGCAUGGUUGUGUUUCGGAGCGCGUGGGGGGACGUGCCCCAGUACCAGGAGAACCCUUCAGGCGCUAGGCCUUACUCGAGGAGAUUUGGGUAUCCCGACGUGGCUGGGUACCCAGCAGAACAUCAGGUUGUAAGACCUCCGAGAUCAUACUCGCUAAACACCUCGCAUGGUGAACAAGCAAAUCCUUAG